AUGAAUCAUCCCGUCUUCCCCAUCGAACCCUGCGACGCCUCCUGCCCACCAGCUCCGAGCUCGCCUCCCCAAUCCUUCUUCAUUCCCGCUAACAAUUUGAUAUGGACUACGAGCCCGUUCCCUGUGCAUCCCGACCAAGAUCCAGGAGGGGGGGUGCGCCUAGAGGCCGCGGGAGACGAGCUCCGAGCGCAAGACCUCCAAGAGCCAGCACCAGCCAAGAGCAAGGAGAGAGAGGGGGAGGCAGGGGUCGGGCUAGAGCCCGUGGCCGUCUGCUAG